GUCGGCGGCGGCGACCGCGGCAGACUGUGAGGGACGCUGUGCAGCUGCCGACUAGGGGAAACUGUGCGGCACCGGCCACUGGCGCGGAGCGGGCGUGCCAGAGUCUGGAGUCGGUCGAAGCUGGAGCGUGAUACAUUUCAGUCUCACGGUAGCUGACAGUGAGCUGCCCUGCUGUAGCUGCGGCAGGCGCUGUGCCUUGUGCAACGAGCAGCGCUGCCAUAGUCGGCGGCAGUCCUGUGGUAGCCUCGGUCUGCACUGAGCCCCGAGCAGCCAUGUCCGCCAUGGAGACCACGUUCACCGUGCGCACCGACACCGACAACGACGCCAUGCAGGUGCCGGACGGCAUCGAGACAGUCGUCGUCAACGACGACGCCGAGCAGGUGAUCGUGCCGCCGGGCGUCCAGAUCAUCCGCCUGCAGGUGUCAGGCAACCGCGGCGGCCACAGCCAGCCCAGCUCCAGCUCACUCCGCGACCUGCUCGACGAUUACACGCGCGCGGAUCACUCUGUCAGCACCGACACGACGCGCGUCAAACGGUCGACGGCGACGGGCACCGCACGCGCUCCGGCGAUGGCCGAGAAGUCGCUCUCGCUGCCCAGCUGUCCGCCGACGCCGCCCGGCUCUCGAUCCGCCGGAACCGACGCGCCCGACUUCCGCGCGGCUGUGAGACGUCCUCCGACGGCCGAGACCAUUUCAGAGCCGGUCAGCCCGGUGACCGCCCCGGCGACGAGCCCAGUGACCGCUACUACCGCCAGUCCGGUGACCUCUCCUCCAACCAGUCCGGUGAGCGCCCCUCCGGCCAGCCCGCCGAUGGCUCCGUCAGCACCCGCAGAGGAGGCGCCCCCGACAGACAUUUUCAACGACAGCACACUGAAGGUUGACCGCGAGCGGGUCAUCAACCAGCAGCCAGCGUCGGCGUCCGUGCCUAACGGUCGUCUGGUCCGGUACGCCGGCGAGACGGAACAGGAAAUGAGGGACCCGCUGGUCGGUCACGGCUCGACCAAGAUGAGGAAACUCGACUCAUUCGGCUGGAGAGAGGAGUUCGAGAGGGGAGAGAAAGAGAGCAAGCCGACCAUUCAGAAGUUUGGCCGAGCCGUGGCGGACAUCAUGUGCUGCUGGCUCGGAGUGUGAACUGGAGGCUAGCCUGGCUCUGACAGGAGUAGGACCAGAGCCAUGCUGCGGGAGCGCUGGUCCCGUCGUUUGUUAUUUAUGGACUUGCAGACGCGGGGGCGGGGAGGUGACGAGGGACAGUGCAGGAGGGGAGACGAGCAGAGCCAGCGCGGACGGAUGGGCGCUCUGCCGCGCCGCGGGCUCCUGCGGUGGGCGGCGCGACCGCCUGGACCGGGUCGUGACGUCACGGGCGAGGCGCUCCGCUCGCCGUACGAGCUGUUCAGGGCCCUGCCCAGUAGGGUUGUUCAAAAAAACCGAAUUUUGGAAAAGUAUAUGGGCUCAUAGCUCAUGUGGUGCGGUAUUCUUUUCUGAGUCCAAUGAUACCCCUUUUUUCGAAAAGUAUUACUGCUAGGCGCUGCUCAAACGGCUUAAAGAGGACCAUGUUACGCCCGCCGACCGGCCGGUGUCAAUAAGGGCGAGAAUUCGACGCCGCACGGCGGCGGCAGCGCCUUAUCGGCACCGCGCGCCACGACAUCUGCCGGGCGGCCGGCUGGGCGGUGGGAAGUUAUAAGUGCGUGGUCUUAUUGCACACGAUCGGGGUGAACUAUCCCAUGUUUUCGGGGCGGACAGUUUCAGUCCAGCAUCGGUGCGUCUGCCACGGUGGUCUUUGUCGAUGGUAUAGAAAAUAACUCAAGCAGAGCUCAGAAAAGACUGAAUGAUUCCGGGUACUUGCCUCGAAACAAUCCGUUUCAAGAAUACAGCUGCCUUCU